CUAUGGUUUGGAAAGUUUCUCUUCUUUCUCUUGCAGGAGGAGGAGGAUCGAUGAAUCCAUAGGUACAUAACUGGAGGAAUUGCUACUGAAAUCAGAUUAACACCAUCCACUGCAUCACUUCAUCCCUCUGCCGUUGAAGUUUCAGCUGGGUACUGGAUAUCAAGUCUUCUUCCAACAAUCUUUCAGUUCUUAAUUGUUUCAGGGUUUUGUGGAGAAGCCGAUGGAGAUUACAGAGAAGAAAGAAGGGGAUAGCAAGGGAUUGAAUGCUCAGCAAGCUGUCGAUCCCUCAACGGCUGCUGAUAAAGAAGCGGAAGAGCGUGAAAGGCAAGCCCACGAACUCAAAGCCGGUUUACAUCCAUUAAAGCACAAGUUUGUGUUUUGGUACACACGUAGAACACCUAGUGUUCGAACGCAAGCAUACGAGGACAAUAUAAAGAAAAUUGUGGAGUUUAGUACGGUUGAAGGAUUUUGGGUUUGCUACUGCCAUUUGGCCCGUCCUUCUUCUUUACCAAGUCCUACAGAUUUACAUCUUUUCAAGGAAGGGAUUCGCCCUCUAUGGGAGGAUGCUGCCAAUUGCAAUGGUGGAAAGUGGAUAAUACGAUUCAAAAAGGUUGUCUCAGGUCGCUUUUGGGAGGAUCUGGUUCUAGCCUUGGUUGGGGACCAACUUGAUUAUGGGGAUAACAUUUGUGGUGCGGUACUAAGUAUUCGCUUUAAUGAAGAUAUAUUGUCUGUCUGGAAUCGCAAUGCAUCUGAUCACCAGGCUGUGAUGGCUUUAAGAGAUGCGAUCAAACGGCAGUUAAAGCUUCCGCAUGGCUAUGUGAUGGAAUACAAGGCCCAUGAUGCUUCUUUACGAGACAACUCAUCAUAUAGAAACACAUGGUUGAGAGGAUAGUGACAUGGUGGCUUCGCUCCUUGUAAUCAGGGAUGGAACCUUUUGCUUUCAUUGAGCUUAAAAGAAUCCCGUUCUUUCCUAAUGGUUCUGGUGUCCUCCCUGGUUUGUAUGAAGCCAUCUAAUUUUCACAGUUAUUCAGUAGGGGGACCUGAUAACUUAAAACAGGUUUGAUAUCAAUAUGGGCAUCUUCACUGUUACUAAGAGAAUGCUUUGUUCAGAGGUUUAUGUUUUCUUCAGUUGUUGAUCCUACUGUAUUAGGGGAUGCUGAAAUGGUAUUAAGACAAGGUAGAACAUCUUAUAUGGCCUGUGGGGAAGCCUUUACUUGACAGAGUCCAUAUUGUUGUGCCACAUGAAGAGGAAUGUGGCAUUCUGACCAUUGGAUAUGUAGAGAAUGGUCUGGAUUAGACGUGUUUUAAAUUUCAUAUCCAAAUUUGUCACUUCCAUUUA